GCAAGAUAUAUAUCAAAGAGAAAAAUCUCUUCUAAAUUUAGUGCCAAAGAAACAAUCAUGAAUGUCCUGAGUACUGUGAUUUCCUUAUAUAAACCUUUUUGAUGACCCAACAGUCUCUUCAAAUCAUCAAAGCCCCCAGAAGAAUCCACACAACACAUGAAACACCUUCAAUUCCUAGCUUCUCCCUAACUUUUAUUCUCACUAACAUCAUAUCACUAUACUUUUCCCUUAACAUGACUAGGUACCACGAUCCCUACUACUACUACUUGUGGGAAUACUUCUCUUUCCCACUUCACCUCAUCUUCUUCGUGUUAAUACUUUUCUUUGUGCUAGCAUUCUCGUGGUACAUAAACUACGAGUCCUUGUUGGAGGACUUGCUCGUGCAGGUGAAGAUCUUCCUCGCCCUCGUGCCGCUGCUGCUGUUGCUCCUCGUUCACUGCCUCUCGAGCGGAGCGUCGUUCCCCAUACCAUUGCCGGAGGAGAGGGAGUCGCUGCACAGAGCUGGAGGCUCUCCAUGGGGUGUGGCACUCUUGCUUCUCUUCGUGUUGUUCAUGAUGGCAUACCAAUCUUCCUUCCACCAACGUUGGUUUCCUUUGGCUACUAGAUGAGGUGAUGAUGCUCUCAAGGAGUUGCAAGCUAGUGAGUGUGAACCUUUCUAAUUAAUUUGUGAAAGAGUCAGGAAAAAAUUAUUACAUGGUCCAAGAUUAAUACACGUAAGAAUCAAUCUUUGUGUGACACAUACAUGUCAUUCAAAGAUAGAUCGACUUAAUGAUUCGGACCAUGUAAUAAUUUUUCACAAAUUAAAGAAUAAUUAAGCAUGAUUAUGAGGUUACGUACUUUUCAUUUGGAUUGGGGUCUAGUGGGUUAUAACCAGUAGGUUAAUUAAUUACUUUAGUUUUACAUAAAUAUAGGGAAUGGUCAUGGUUAGCUUUGCACUUAUUCUGAAUUGAUUUUCCCUCGGCUCAGCAUAUGCAUCUUGAGUUACUUAUAAGAGCAAAUUUUGAGCUUUGGAGAAAAAUGAAUCAACCUCGUGUAACAGUUGUGUGUAGAUUAAAUGGGUUAUGAUUAUUUUUUUCAUGAUUUAUUAAUAUUAGAAAUUUUUCCUACGUAA